UUAACUCAGCGGCAAGAACACCUUAGUUAUAUGUGCACUGAUAGUUCUUGUCAGUUGUCAUCGCCAGUCCGCCGCGCUAAAAAAUCACAAUAUAACUUUGGUGAUUUUGGCAUAACCUUGAAUUCAUCUCAUCGUUGAUUCUCAAAUUCAUUCACCGUGCGUCAACAGCAUUUGGAAAAGGAGAAUCAGUGGAGAGUUGCAGAAGAAUCAAAUGGCUGAAACUAGUAUCUCUGAGUCAGAAACCACAACCAAAACUCAACUUAUAUACCGGUGUAAGAAAUGCAGAAGAAUUGUUGCUUCAGAGGAGAAUAUAGUUUCUCAUGAGCGUGGAAAAGGUGAAUCAAGCUUCAAGUGGAAUAAGAGAAGCAGUGAAUCCUGGGAAAAUGGAAAACAACCAGUUGAUUGCACCUCAAUAUUUGUUGAACCCAUGAAGUGGAUGCAAGCAGUGCAAGAUGGUGAAGUGGAGGAGAAACUUGUAUGUAUAGGUUGUAAAGCUCGUUUGGGUUACUUCAACUGGGCUGGCAUGCAGUGCAGCUGUGGAGCCUGGAUCAACCCUGCUUUUCAGCUACAAAAAAGCAAAUUAGAUGAGUGCUAUAUGUAAAUCAUUCAUUUCUGGAAAACCAGAGCUUUUAUGAACUAUGAUAGCCUUUGAAGAUUGUCUUAUUGUACCUAGAUUACAAGAUAUGGUUUUCAUAUGCUAAUGGUGCAUUUGGAUUAUUAACUCCUUACAUGGACUAAUAUAUGUCAUAGACUCAUAGGGAUCUGGAUUUGCUGCGGUGCAUUUUGCACGCAAUUUCACACGGUUUUGGAUCUCGGCUGUUAGAUUAAAAUCAGACGGUCCAGAUUAUAUAUUACUAAAAUCAACUGUUUGUAAUCUGAACCAUUCAUUUAUGAUCGGACGGCUGAGAUCCAAAACCGCGUGAAACUGCGUGAAAGUUUUACUGCACGAAAUCCUGUUCUGACUCAUAGGUACUAGUAUGUGUGCUAGGAAGAACUUAUAAAAGCUUUUUCACUCCA